AUGGUGGUCUCAGCGACGUUCCCGCCCGGGUCCGUGGCGUUUCUCCAGGGCUUCGUUGCGGGCCAGCUUGUCUUGGUGACGAUUCUCCUGCUGCUCUUUCGCUACUUUUUCAUCGAGACGAAGCCAGCGACGCAUGCCAAGCGACUCGCUGCGCUGCGCGAGCGCACGCGCCUGAUCCAGGCCUCGCUCGACGCGCGGUGCCCCCCCAUGCCGUCUAGCCAUUCGACACUGCGCGUUCCAUACGAGCAGGGCUCGCAGGCGUGCCUUCUCGAUAUGCUGCACCGCCUGGACUAUGAGCUGCCGGCGCACGCGCCCGAGACGCUGACCUGGCUCAAUGUGCUGCUAGCGCAGCUGUGCCUGCACUACCGACAGAGUAUAUUGCAGUCGGACCAAGAGGAGCCGCGCAAAGAUGCCGACGCUGAUACCUUGCCGUCCAUGAGCAGCGCCGAAAAGGCGGCGGCCAAGCACCUGCUGGAGCGCGCGCUCAAUGCGGCGGUUGAGGGCCGCACGCACGACCUGCUGAGCGGCAUAACUGUGACGGACGUGGACCUGGGCACGGGCUAUCCUACGCUAUCCAACGCGCGCAUCCGCCCCUCGAACGACCCGCGCUGCCUGCGGCUCGAGGUGGACUUGGAGUACAAGGAUCUACUGUGUGUCGGCCUCGAUACCCAGCUGCACUUUCGUGUGCGGCCCUGGCAUCUGGGGUCGCUUGCGGUGGCUAUGUGCCUGCGUGUGGAACGGCUCGCCGGAACGGUCGCGAUGGAGGUGGGGCCAUGCGGUACGGAACAGGACCCGCUCGAAGGCUUGGAGCUGCGUGUGUGCAUGUAUCCCGACUUUGUGCUGGACGCCCAUGUGUCCAGCGUGCUGGGCUCCAAGAGCAAGCUGCACGAUGUGCCAAAGAUGGAGGAGCUCCUUUUGUCGCAGCUGCGCCUGCUGAUCCAGCGUCGCUUCGUGUGGCCCGAGUUCUGGCGCAUGCCGCUGCCGCGCAUGGAGCAUGACCACGCCUAG